AUCAAUAAAGAUGAUGAUGUUGACUGUAUGAGCAGUCACAGUGUUGUCUGUCAUUGUGUGAAGCUUUAAGCUCUCUGCUAUUAAUGCCUCACAGAAACAUGUUAUCAACCUGCCUCUGGAUCCCUUCAUGCUUCUCACUCGUCCUGUCUUUCUACUCUUCCUUCACCCCUUUUAUUUUUUACUUUGGGCGUCAGUCUCCCAGCUACCUGUGUCAUUUCUCUGUCUUUCAGUCAUAUAUACAAAGAAAAGAUAUGAAUGUAUGUUUUUGUUCUGCGUGUGGAAUCCAAAGUGAGGCUCCCUGUCAUAGUUUCCACUAAGAAACAGCAUCAGGAGGCAGUGAUGUCAGCUCUGUCUCCCACUCUCUCGCACAGACGCAGUCACUGCCCUUCAUUAUGUAUGUAUGAUUAGUCAGUGUUGUAUCUGUCAGUGGAGGAAUAGGAAGAGAGAAGAAAAUAGAUUUCCCUCCUCCUUCCACCGAUGAUUGGCCUGCAGUGAAUGAGACCAGGAAAAAGAGAGGAGGGGACUGUGGCUAAUGCGUCAUAGGCUGGCAGGCCCUCAUUUAAGUGGCUUUGGAUCUGGGAGAGAGAGAGAGAUUAAAGUGUGAGUGACAUUUUCAGCUCUCCACACCCAAAUCUCUGGAAAAUUCCUUGAGUUUUCAGUCUGCUGCUGAGCGAGACAGGAACAAGCUGCAGCAGAAGAAAACGCAGAUUAGCAAAUGUUAGAUGUUGUUUUCAAUUUCUAACUUUAGAUUCUCGUUUCAUAAUCUUGGAAUGUGCCGCACUGCCUCUCUAACGUUGUGGACUUGAUGUACUGUGGGCACCGAAGGAGAAAAACUGCUGCUGCGCAUGUGAAGCCAGUGCUGGGGAAGAACCCGACCACGGUCCUGUUUGGAACAUCCCGUUGUCUCUGCUCGUCCGUCACCCUGGGGAAAGCAACAGUCCUCCAACCUCGUCCCUCCUCUUCCUCAACUUCAUUGACUGUUACAGCAUUGCAUCGCACCCUGAACUCAGUUAUCAGGUGGAAAAGGUUGCGGAUCGGCGGGUCGCCUGUCAUGCACAUUAAGACCACUAAAUGUAACCGGUUCUGCCUGGUGGCCUCGGUGACCAGCCGGGAAUUAUUCCACCACUCUGAGGUGCAGGCUGGCUUUGAGGCCUUGUUCCGUUCAUUCGACUCGGAGGUGCAGUUCCAGUACUUCAAGUCGUUUCGGCGGAUCAGGAUCAGUUUCAGAGAUGCUCUGGCUGCAGCGGAGGCGAGACUCCGACUACAUAAGACGGACUUCAACGGCAAAGAAAUGAGACUUUACUUCGCUCAGUCUGUGCACAUAGGGAGUCCUCGGCUGGAGCCUCCCAAGCCAGAGAAGCAGUUCCUGAUCUCGCCUCCUGCUUCCCCUCCAGUCGGCUGGGAACAGUCUCAGGACGCCACACCGGUCAUCAACUAUGACCUGCUUUGUGCCAUCUCUAAACUGGGGCCAGGGGGGAAGUACGAGCUUCACACAGCAACACCAACCACUCCCAGCGUGGUCGUCCAUGUGUGCGACGACGAACGCGGUGACAGCUCCGCACCCGAUGACAGCGACCAGGAUGACAAGCCCCGCCCACCACGACCAAAGAUCAUUCAGACUCGACGGCCUGACUACACACCUAGAGUUGAGCAGUGAGCGGUGCUGACAGGGGAAUCUGUACUGUGUCAGCGUCGAUCAGCAGCUGAACACGCUCGCAGAGAUUUGGAUAAAACUGUGAGAAGGCGUCUGUGGGUGCUGCAAUAUCCAGCUGAAGCAAAUGACUAGAAUUGCAUGCUGCAUUUGUGUCGUGUUCGACAGACCGAAGCGGGAAAGGGUUUAAAUUGACUUACUGUACGACUGUUGAUAUCUGCUCUGGUGCUCCAUUUGUCUGUUAUUAAGGUGUGAAGCAACCCGCUUCAGCUUUUUCACAUUUUAGUGGCUUGUGUGCUCACUAGCAUGAAGUCAUGACAGUGUCCAUUGCUCUGCACUGUUGUCUGAUGUAUCUGCUUGGCCUAAACAAAGCUGGCCUCCUGCUGUCUUUGCUGCGACUCAGUUUCCCAAAAAAAGCAGUUUUCCUGGAAUUCUCUUCAAAGUAGUGUUUGAAGUUUGCUGCAUUCUGUGUGUGUUUUGGUUGUCUCAUAGCAAACAGCUGUUAUUAAAGGCACCCACAUAGGAAGUGAUUUGUAGUGACGGAGACCUUCAGGCAACAACUAUCAAGAUGGCUGCUGGUGGCAUGAAGUUUGGAGUUAACCCUCGAGAACCUGAAUGUCUGCAGGCCGCUGACUCUCAACAACACAGCGAUACACCGUGAUCACAUCCUGCGUGGACGGCCGUUUACUCUUUGGCUUAAAGUCCAACCAAUGUUUAUCUGUUACUUUAGAACGCCACACUUACCUGUUCGUGUCCCUGACCAUGCCGUGCUUUAAAAAAAACAGAUGACACUUUCUGCCAUGUGGGGGUUAAAUAGUGUUCUGAAAAAUGUCUUUCUGCCAAUGUGUGCGAGCGCUGCUGUUCAACCAGUGACUCAAGCCCCAAACACGCUGCCGGUUAUUUUGGGGCCUGUUUUGUACUUGUGGCACAUCCAGCUCAUGUCCUAUGGCUUCUACUAUGAAGCAGGAUGGUCAAGAUAAAAAUGGUCUUAUCCAGGUCAUCUCAGGGUUAACCCUGGAUUUUCUUUACUUAGAUGGUGCAGUAAGACGUGGUAUAUAUCACUCAUGUACCCAUGGUAACUAACCUCUUAUAAAAAGAGGUUAUGAUAGAGGUCGCAGAUCACCACCUACGUACCAGUCUGUGCGGUCCCUCAGACCUCUGUGUGUGGAUACUGGGAGGGUCUAAAUUAUUUUUAGUGUGUGAAGUCUACAUGUUCGCUGCAAUUAAACCGUUUCAGUUCUGUGAGGAUUAGUGUAUGGUCCCAAAACAGAGCUCCUUGUUGUACUUGCUCAGUUUGUAUCAAAUGAAUUCUGCUCUUGUAUUUAUUCACUGUCAGGCUGCAGCUGAUACAAUAAAAACUCUUUCAAACAGACAUUUCAUUACAUUAUAGUCCAUCAGAUCCUCUGAUGUCUUAAUGAUAGAGCUGUGAUAUUGAGAAGUUUGAUAAGUUACACAGUCAGCAGUUUUGGCAGCUUUCCUUCCUGGUUUCAAAUCGGCUAAACUUCAUAUAAUUUUAAUACUAAAGCAGUGUACAGCACCUCUGUUACUGCAUGUGUUUAACUUCUCAUAUUUUUAUCUUCCUUCUUAACUCUCAGCCGUAUCAGACUGAUGGGGACUGUGGUCACCCUGCCGACAGGCCCAAGUUUGUGAAGCGAUAACUCAAGAAUGAGGCGACAUAGGUUUUUGAAAUUAAUACCAUAGGAGGCUGAGGGGUAGCACUGUAAAAUCUGCUGCUCUGCUGGCUGUUUACGUACCAUGUUUGACCAGGCAACACCAUCCCUUUCAUGUGAUAGUGCAGAGAAAUCCCGGGUUGACCAGCGAUGGGAGGUUUUAUCCUGAUUUCAGAUAUUCCAGUAAGAGAAUAAAGGAUGGGAUAUACUGGACUUGCUUCGUAGUACAGGGCCCUGUUGUGUGCAUGUUUGACUGUGUGCUUUCAAAGAUGUACUAACUGCUGUGUUGCUGUUGCAUCAGUAGGAUUACAGCAAUUUCCAACUAAUUGUUGUUUGAUUUCCAAAAUGUUGCAGCCGUGAACGCGGCGUCAUUGUCACCCUGCCAGUAUGGGCUGGCAGACGUUGGGGACAACGAAGUAUUGACUGACUGAACGAAGAUGGCUUGUUUCACAUUGAUACCAUAAGUGUAUCUACUAUGAGGCUGAGGUGCAGCACUGGCUAUCUUUAAUAUGUCUGCUUUUCUGAAGUUUUUAUAAGACUAGCUUAGCUUUUUCUGGUAUAUAGUGCUCAGCUGCAGAUGUUCGAACGCUGUGUCUCAAAUCUGUGUAGCUAAUGCAUAACACAGGACUGUCACCUCUACAUGAACAUUUCAGAACUGGACUGAUGCUAUAUAUCCCAGUUUAACUCUGUAUAAAUGGAAUCACAACACACUUGUUUGUUUCAACCUGUAAAUGGAACUUUAGGGCCACGUGACACUUUGUGAUACUGAAAGAAUCUAAAAAUGAAAACGUGUCUGUCUUUGCCAGUCGAGCAUCUUAACGGGCUGUAACUGCACCUUUAGUCCGGGUAUUUUGUUUCCCUUUCAUUUAGACACAAUUGGACAGUGUGGUGGUUUGGCUACUUUUUUACUAGAAUUUUAUUAUUUUUGAAAUAAGUAAUAAGUUACCGUGAAUAAAUAUUUCACCAUCUAAUUCCAUCUGUGUCAUUGUCCUAUAUAAGAGUAUAUGUCUGUAUUACACACAUAAGUUUGAGUAUAUUUCUGAACUGUUUUAAGGACUCCUGGUUGAAGUCAUUUGAAUGAGGUUUGUGUUUUUCCUGUAUGUGAAUUUUGUAAUAUUUUGGUCACAGUGGGCUGGAUGUUUUGACAGUGUAAAUAAACACAGUUCGAAAGCC